GCGAAAUAGGAAGGAGAAUUUGUUUGUUGGCGGCGGAGCAAGCAGACGGGGAAAAAUGGGAAAGAAGGAGAAGAAACAUAGGCACCGACAACAGAGAGGCUCUCGCCGAGGAGGAGCCGCCAUUUGCUUCGACGCAGAAGAAGACGACACUUAUCCAUCCAACCCACUGCUCUCUUCUCCGACUGAUGAAGAAGGAGAAGCCUCCGGAGAACUAGAAGUUGAUGAUGAUUCUGAAGAAGGGGAGAUGAGCGAUAUUCCCUCCAAGUUCCUUCUCUACCAGCAAUCCGUACAGUAUGUUUGGGAGCAAGCUGAAUUUGAGAUCAUUGAGCAUAAAACAAGAAUUAGUCUCCACUUUCAUCUACAGAAACUGCAGAAAAAACUUCACCAUGCAUUUUCAUAUAGCUGGAGGCUAUGGUCAUUGCCUGAGAUCAAAGACUGCUUGGAGGAAGUUGGAUUUCAGUCUGUACACUUUUGGCUUCGCCAAAUGCUAGACACCGAGAAAAUGACGAGUACAGAAGGAUUUGGGGUCGGUAAGGACGUGAAGUACGAAGAGGUGAAAAGUUUUCCAGAAGAGGAUGCAUGGAAUGCCUUAUGUUGUUGGUGUUGCUAACUGUUUGUAGUAUUCUGCAAUCUCUGACUGGAUGCUGCACUGAUUACUACGACGAACAGAGCAACAACAAUGCUUAAUAUCUUUCAUGACCCCAACCCCAUAAAGGUAUUGCAAUCCUGUUGUCAUGCACAAGACACUCGCUCUGAGCUGGGUAGACAAAAUGUAUUGUUUUUGGUAUCACAUAAUAUUGUUUUG